UCCCCUUCCGUCCGCUACAUUCCUGCUCUCUCGCUCUCCUCGCUCUCAGACCACAGUUGCCGCCGCCGCCGCCCUAAGCCAGGGUGCUGAGGCUUUCGUUGGCCUCUUCGCCGGCAGCGAGCACCCACCAGUUCUGUAGAAAUGGCUAAUGGUGAGGACAUCCAACCUCUUGUCUGUGACAAUGGCACCAGAAUGGUCAAGGCUGGUUUUGCCGGCGAUGAUGCACCAAGGGCUGUAUUCCCUAGCAUCGUUGGGCGUCCUCGUCACACCGGUGUCAUGGUAGGGAUGGGGCAGAAGGAUGCAUAUGUUGGUGAUGAGGCACAGUCCAAGAGAGGUAUUCUCACGCUCAAGUACCCGAUCGAGCACGGUAUUGUAAGCAACUGGGAUGACAUGGAGAAAAUCUGGCAUCACACUUUCUACAAUGAGCUCCGUGUUGCCCUAGAGGAGCACCCUGUGUUGCUCACUAAGGCUCCUUUGAACCCAAAGGCCAACAGGGAGAAGAUGACCCAGAUUAUGUUCGAGACUUUCAAUGUUCCUGCCAUGUACGUUGCAAUUCAAGCAGUUCUGUCACUCUAUGCUAUAUUGAAUGGUACUUAUUUAUAUUAUAUUAACUCAGUAAGCCUUCUUGACUUUGUUAACAGGGAGAAGAUGACCCAGAGGAGCACCCUCUCUUGA